GCCGCGCCCGGGCAGCGGCCCGACCGGGCGAGCAUGGGCGGCGCGGAGUGACGCCGCCGUGCCCGCUUGGCAUCAAGGACAUUCAGCCCUCGGGGGUGGGGACGAAGGGGGGCAGCCCCGAGUCGCCACCGCAGCCCCCCAGAGCCUCUGCUGCUGCUCAGGCUCCGGGAUUGGGUGGAAGAAAGGGGUGCUUGAAAUCGAUCCACAAUUUCCGACCUUUUUGUUGGACAUUCCGCCCACCUUGGACGCUGCAAGAGGAGCUGUCAAGCCCCGCAGGCUCUGAUUUCGCCCUCCGUUUUCCUUGCGUCCUCGCGGGUUCCCGGCGCCUCGGUGGAGUAUUCGCGUUCGGGGCUGGGGCUGGAGGAGGCAGCCACACGCGCGCACACGCACACGUUCAGAAGAGGGCGAGAGGCAGCGGCACCGGCACCAUCUGCAGUGUCAAUGCGGCGCUCCCACUGAAGGAGGCAAAAGCGGCGCUUUCAGGGACCCUCCACUCCUGAGUCCUGGCCCUCCCAGGAGGACGCUUUGUCAGUGCUACUUUGCCACGAGGACCCGUGUCUGAAAUGAAAGCCAUGCCCUGGAACUGGACUUGCCUGCUGUCCCAUCUCCUGAUGGUAGGGAUGGGCUCCUCCACUCUGCUCCCCCGGCAGCCACCCCCACCGUCCCAGAAGCGGUCUUUUGUCACAUUUCGUGGGGAACCAGCGGAAAGCUUCAACCACCUGGUGGUGGACAAGAGGACAGGACACAUUUACUUGGGGGCUGUCAACCGGAUCUACAAGCUCUCCAGCGACCUGAAGGUCUUGGUGACCCAUCAGACAGGGCCGGAUGAGGACAACCCCAAUUGUUACCCACCCCGCAUCGUCCAGACGUGCAAUGAGCCCCUGACCACCACCAACAAUGUCAACAAGAUGCUCCUGAUAGACUACAAGGAGAACAGGCUGAUCGCAUGUGGGAGCCUAUAUCAAGGCAUCUGCAAACUCCUGAGGCUGGAGGAUCUCUUCAAGCUCGGGGAGCCUUUUCACAAGAAGGAACACUACCUGUCGGGAGUCAACGAGAGCGGCUCUGUCUUUGGAGUGAUCGUCUCCUACAGCAACCUGGACGACAAGCUCUUCAUUGCCACAGCAGUGGAUGGGAAGCCAGAGUACUUCCCCACCAUCUCCAGCCGGAAGUUGACCAAGAACUCAGAGGCAGAUGGCAUGUUCGCUUAUGUCUUCCACGAUGAGUUUGUGGCCUCAAUGAUUAAGAUCCCUUCGGACACCUUCACUGUCAUCCCUGACUUUGAUAUCUACUAUGUCUACGGCUUCAGCAGUGGCAACUUUGUCUACUUUUUGACCCUUCAGCCUGAGAUGGUGUCUCCCCCAGGCUCCACCACAAAGGAACAGGUUUACACAUCCAAGCUUGUGAGGCUUUGCAAGGAGGACACCGCCUUCAACUCCUACGUGGAGGUGCCCAUUGGCUGUGAGCGCGAUGGAGUGGAGUACCGCUUGCUGCAGGCUGCCUACCUGUCCAAAGCCGGGGCGUCGCUUGCACAGACCCUCGGAGUCCGUCCAGAGGACGACCUCCUCUUCGCUCUCUUCUCCAAGGGCCAGAAGCGGAAGAUGAAAUCCCUGGAUGAGUCGGCCCUGUGCAUCUUCAUCUUGAAGCAGAUCAACGACCGCAUUAAGGAGCGGCUGCAGUCCUGCUACCGGGGUGAGGGCACGCUAGACCUGGCCUGGCUCAAGGUGAAGGACAUCCCCUGCAGCAGCGCGGCAACAUUAUCCAGACUCACACACGGCCCGAGGAGCAAGAGGGGAAGAUGCACGCUCUUAACCAUUGAUGAUAACUUUUGUGGCCUGGAUAUGAAUGCGCCCCUGGGUGUGUCCGAGAUGGUACGUGGCAUCCCUGUCUUCACAGAGGACAGGGACCGCAUGACUUCUGUCAUCGCGUAUGUCUACAAGAAUCACUCUCUGGCCUUCGUGGGCACCAAAAGUGGCAAGCUGAAAAAGAUCCGAGUGGACGGGCCCAAGGGCAAUGCCCUUCAGUACGAGACCAUGCAGGUGGUAGACCCGGGCCCUGUGCUCCGGGACAUGGCUUUCUCCAAGGACCACGAGCAACUCUACAUCAUGUCAGAAAGGCAGCUCACCAGAGUCCCCGUGGAGUCCUGUGGUCAGUAUCAGAACUGCAGCGAGUGCCUUGGCUCGGGGGACCCCCACUGCGGCUGGUGUGUGCUCCACAACACGUGCACCCGGAAGGAGCGCUGCGAGCGGUCCAGAGAGCCCCACAGGUUUGCCUCCGAGAUGAAGCAGUGUGUCCGGCUGACCGUGCAUCCCAGCAACAUCUCUGUUUCUCAGUACAACGUCCUGCUGGUCCUGGAGACAUACAACGUCCCGGAGCUGUCAGCUGGCGUCAACUGCACGUUUGAGGACCUGUCAGAGAUGGAUGGGCUGGUGGUGGGCAAUCAGAUCCAGUGCUACUCCCCGGCGGCCAAGGAGGUGCCCCGGAUAAUCACGGAGAACGGGGACCACCACGUCGUCCAGCUGCAGCUCAAGUCAAAGGAGACAGGCAUGACCUUUGCCAGCACCAGCUUUGUCUUCUACAACUGCAGCGUCCACAACUCGUGCCUGUCUUGCAUGGAGAGCCCAUUCCGCUGCUACUGGUGUAAAUACCGACACGUCUGCACCCAUGACCCCAAGUCUUGCUCCUUCCAGGAAGGCCAAGUAAAGCUGCCUGAGGAGUGCCCCCAGCUGCUGCGUGUGGACAAGAUCCUGGUGCCCGUGGAGGUAAUCAAGCCCAUUACCCUGAAGGCCAAGAACCUGCCCCAGCCGCAGUCCGGGCAGCGUGGGUACGAAUGCAUCCUCAACAUCCAGGGCAGCGAGCAGCGGGUGCCCGCCCUGCGCUUCAACAGCUCCAGCGUGCAGUGCCAGAACACCUCUUAUUCCUACGAAGGGAUGGAGAUCAACAACCUGCCUGUGGAGCUGAAGGUUGUGUGGAACGGCCACUUCAACAUCGACAACCCAGCUCAGAAUAAAGUUCACCUCUAUAAGUGCGGAGCCAUGCGCGAGAGCUGCGGCCUGUGCCUCAAGGCGGACCCAGACUUCGAGUGCGGCUGGUGCCAGGCGCAGGGCCAGUGCACGCUGCGGCAGCACUGCCCCCUCCACGAGAGCCAGUGGCUGGAGCUGGCGGGCGCCAACAGCAAGUGCACGAACCCACGCAUCACGGAGAUAAUCCCAGUGACAGGCCCCCGGGAAGGGGGCACCAAGGUCACCAUCAGAGGAGAGAACCUGGGCCUGGAGUUCCGAGACAUCGCCUCCUACGUCAAGGUGGCUGGCGUGGAGUGCAGCCCUUUGGUGGAUGGCUACGUCCCUGCGGAACAGAUCGUGUGUGAGAUGGGGGAGGCCAAGCCCAGCCAGCACGCCGGUUUCGUGGAGAUCUGUGUGGCCGUGUGCCGGCCCGAGUUCAUGGCCCGGUCCUCGCAGCUCUACUACUUCAUGACGCUGACUCUCUCAGACCUGAAGCCCAGCCGGGGGCCCAUGUCCGGGGGCACCCCGGUGACCAUCACGGGCACCAACCUGAACGCGGGCAGCAAUGUGGUGGUGAUGUUCGGGAAGCAGCCCUGCCUCUUCCACAGGCGCUCUUCUUCCUACAUCGUCUGCAACACCACAUCCUCAGAGGAGGUGAUGGAGAUGAAGGUGAUGGUGCAGGUGGACAGGGCCAAGAUCCGCCAGGACCUGUUCUUCCAGUACGUGGAGGACCCCACCAUUGUGCGGAUUGAGCCAGAGUGGAGCAUCGUCAGUGGAAACACACCCAUCGCUGUGUGGGGGACUCACCUGGACCUCAUCCAGAACCCCCAGAUCCGUGCCAAGCACGGAGGGAAGGAGCACAUCAAUCUCUGUGAGGUCCUGAACGCAACCGAGAUGACCUGCCAGGCUCCGGCCCUCGCUCUGGGGCCCGACCACCAGUCCGACCUGACUGAGCGGCCCGAGGAAUUCGGCUUCAUCCUGGACAAUGUCCAGUCCCUGCUAAUCCUCAACAAGACCAAUUUCACCUACUAUCCCAAUCCUGUGUUUGAGCCCUUUGGUCCCUCAGGAACCCUGGAGCUCAAGCCGGGCACACCCAUCAUCCUAAAGGGAAAGAACCUGAUCCCACCCGUAGCCGGGGGCAACGUGAAGCUGAACUACACCGUGCUGGUCGGGGAGAAGCCGUGCGCCGUGACUGUGUCGGAUGUGCAGCUGCUCUGCGAGUCACCCAACCUCAUUGGCAGGCACAAAGUGAUGGCCCGCGUCGGUGGCAUGGAGUACUCCCCGGGGAUGGUGUACAUCGCGCCAGACAGCCCACUCAGCCUGCCCGCCAUCGUCAGCAUUGCCGUGGCGGGCGGCCUCCUCAUCAUCUUCAUUGUGGCCGUGCUCAUUGCCUACAAGCGCAAGUCCCGCGAGAGCGACCUCACGCUGAAGCGGCUGCAGAUGCAAAUGGACAACCUGGAGUCCCGCGUGGCCCUGGAGUGCAAGGAAGCUUUUGCCGAACUGCAGACAGACAUCCAUGAGUUGACCAGCGACCUGGACGGGGCCGGGAUUCCCUUCCUGGACUACAGAACCUACACCAUGCGGGUGCUAUUUCCAGGAAUCGAAGACCAUCCUGUCCUCCGGGACCUCGAGGUACCGGGCUACCGGCAGGAGCGCGUGGAGAAAGGCCUGAAGCUCUUCGCCCAGCUUAUCAACAACAAGGUGUUCCUGCUGUCCUUCAUCCGCACGCUGGAGUCUCAGCGCAGCUUCUCCAUGCGCGACCGCGGCAACGUGGCCUCGCUCAUCAUGACGGUGCUGCAGAGCAAGCUGGAGUACGCCACCGACGUGCUGAAGCAGCUGCUGGCCGACCUCAUCGACAAGAACCUGGAGAGCAAGAACCACCCCAAGCUGCUGCUCAGGAGGACUGAGUCAGUGGCCGAGAAGAUGUUGACCAAUUGGUUCACCUUCCUGCUCUACAAGUUCCUCAAGGAGUGUGCUGGGGAGCCCCUCUUCUCGCUGUUCUGUGCCAUCAAGCAGCAGAUGGAGAAGGGGCCCAUCGACGCCAUCACGGGCGAGGCCCGCUACUCCCUGAGCGAGGACAAGCUCAUCCGCCAGCAGAUCGACUACAAAACCCUGGUCCUGAGCUGUGUCAACCCAGACAACGCCAACAGCCCCGAGGUCCCAGUGAAGAUCCUCAACUGCGACACCAUUACUCAGGUCAAGGAGAAGAUCCUGGACGCCAUCUUCAAGAACGUGCCCUGCUCCCACCGGCCCAAGGCUGCAGACAUGGACCUGGAGUGGCGACAAGGAAGUGGGGCGAGGAUGAUCCUGCAGGAUGAGGACAUCACCACCAAGAUCGAGAACGACUGGAAGCGACUGAACACCCUGGCCCAUUACCAGGUGCCAGAUGGUUCUGUGGUGGCUUUAGUGUCCAAGCAGGUGACGGCCUAUAAUGCAGUGAACAACUCCACAGUCUCCAGGACCUCAGCAAGUAAAUACGAAAACAUGAUCCGGUACACCGGCAGUCCCGACAGCCUCCGCUCUCGCACUCCCAUGAUCACGCCCGACCUGGAGAGCGGAGUCAAGAUGUGGCACCUGGUGAAGAACCACGAGCACGGGGACCAGAAGGAGGGUGACCGGGGGAGCAAGAUGGUGUCUGAAAUCUAUCUGACACGACUGCUGGCCACUAAGGGCACACUGCAGAAGUUCGUGGACGACCUCUUUGAGACCAUCUUCAGCACGGCGCACCGCGGCUCCGCCCUGCCCCUGGCCAUCAAGUACAUGUUUGACUUUCUGGAUGAGCAGGCCGAUAAGCAUGGCAUUCAUGACCCGCAUGUCCGUCACACCUGGAAAAGCAACUGUCUGCCACUGCGGUUUUGGGUCAACAUGAUCAAGAACCCCCAGUUUGUGUUUGACAUCCACAAGAACAGCAUCACGGAUGCCUGCCUCUCCGUGGUGGCCCAGACCUUCAUGGACUCCUGCUCCACGUCGGAGCACCGGCUGGGCAAGGACUCCCCCUCCAACAAGCUGCUCUAUGCCAAGGACAUCCCCAGCUACAAGAACUGGGUGGAGAGGUAUUAUUCAGACAUCGGGAAGAUGCCGGCCAUCAGCGACCAGGACAUGAACGCUUACCUGGCCGAGCAGUCCCGGAUGCACAUGAAUGAAUUCAACACCAUGAGCGCGCUCUCAGAGAUCUUUUCCUACGUGGGCAAGUACAGCGAGGAGAUCCUUGGACCUCUGGACCAUGAUGACCAGUGUGGGAAGCAGAAACUGGCCUACAAACUAGAACAAGUCAUAACCCUCAUGAGCUUAGACAGCUGAGAACCGUCCUUCCAGGGCCCCCCUGGAGGGAGGGACACACCAAGCCGUGCCUCAGUCUAGAUUAUCAUCUUUACCAAGUGCAAGUUCCGACUGGCGUCAGCAGCAUCCCCUGAGCAGCGCUGUCUCUCUCUCUGCCUCUUUCGGCCUCUCCUUUCUUCCUAGAUAGCUUCUCUUUCAGUUGCUCAGCCGACACAAUUGAAUCAAGCCACCAGCCCUCAGCUAGUCCAGGAUGGCCAGUCCCGCAGUGAGGGACCUGACCAGAAGAUUCCAGAAGGGGCUCUCUGAUCCUGCUGACCCCAUGUGUCAGCAACAGGGCCCACAAAUGGAUGAGGAUACAUGGAUAGAGGACGUUUCUAUGCUGCUAUUUCACCCUCCACUUCUUGAGAGCCCCACAUGGGUCCGAACCUUGGCCUAGAGAAGAGGCAGUGAGCUCAGUAUUAUCUUUGGUGGGAAGACAUCACCUGGCUCUCCCAUCCCACAUUUCCAUCUAUAAGGGGUCAAUCAGUGCUAUGAUCCCUUUGCAACUGUGAGAAUAAAGGCCACAUCGCCUGCGUAUGUCCGGAGUUGGGGUCAGGGAGUGAGGAGUUGGGAGGUGUUCUGUGAGCUGUCUCUCACUUGGGUUGGCAGCUAGAGGCCUCCUUGUCCCCUUCCAAUCUCCUUGGAGCUCUUCCAAGUGCCCAUAGGGACCUGCCUUCCAAGUCUUCUUCCCUGCCUGUGGAAGGCCAGACAGAAGACAGAAUAGCAGUUACGCUCUACCACGGGGACAGUCCUAACCUUAAAAUCUGGCUCAUAGCAGCAGAAAUGUAACAUGCAGGGGGAGAAGAGGAGAGUUCAUCUACUCUGGAGGCAGAAUUUGUUGUUUGCCAUUCACACUCCCAAGUGCAAAUGAAUGACGACCAUAGUCAUAGGUGUACCAUUGCCAGAUCCUCUGUGUAUAGAGAGGGCAUCUCCACCCCCCUUGGCCAUUGCUCAUUGAGGGUCAACACAAAAUGCAGAGUCCAUCCAGGCACCCAGGAGGUUCUACUUCCUGCUGUCCCCGUGGCUCCAUCUCCACCAUCCUUCCUGAGAACUCUCCAGAACGCUGGAGCAGACAGCCUCGCCUCUGUGCCCCCUGCAGAAUCUGGUGCCAUUGCUAUGCAGAUGACUUUGUCACUGCACUGUCCAGAAAUCCUCCUGGGGAAUUAUUUCAUCAACAUCUCAGCCGUGUCUUUAGUCACUUUCCUCCCUCAUCUCUUAGCAGUCAUCAUGGAAAGAAAUGCACUCAAGCACAGCCUCAUAGAGACAAACCAAAAUGCCAGCCAAACGCAGCCCUGGCCUGUCAUGUCUGGGAGGGCCGAAAGUCAAGCUGAAGGAUAUGGCCAGAAAUGGGAGGAGGAACAUACAAGUGACCUCAGCCCUAGCAUCUGCCUUUCCAUCUGUCCUUACAUCCGUGGAUACAGCAUUUUAGCCAGCCAGAUAGAUGCGUGCUCAGACAUGGCUCCUAGGUGAGCAGGGGCUAUAGUGAGAAGCGCUCUAAUGAGUAAUGGAAACCUGGAAUGUCGAGGGGACCUUGGAGGCUAUCUGGUCCAGUCCCCCACCACAAGCAGAAAUCUCUCCUGGCAGCCCUGGUUGUACACCCUGGGAGACAAGGAAGAGCAUCGUUUAAGAAGGGAUUGGGCAUGAGUCUUGCCUUCACACCCCCAGCAUCAGACAUCAUUCCCUGCCAUUCACUCAAAGGAGCUCCACGUGGAAAGGGAAAGGAAGCACAUCAUUUCCAACAGAGUCUACAGAGCAUCUUCUAGUUCAAAGAAUGCUCACCCCUUUGGAUAUGACUAUGUGUGCAUAUGUGUGAGCUCAUGUGUACGCACUUGUGCACGUGUGUGUGUGUGUCUGCCCCGGGAGUAGACAGAGAGCUCAGAAAGAUUUCUUGUCCUAUGUAGGGGGAUUUUGAAAUGUUUCUUUCCCUUCUCUACCCUCGCCCAUCAGUUCAUCCUGCAGGCCCAGGACAUUUCAACUCAUGCUUUCUAUGCUGAGUGCUGGCAGGUGGAACGAAACGUCACCUGCCUGUAGGAAAUCAGGGUGGUCACAGGCCGAGGGAGGCCUGGACUUGACUGGGGGUCCGGUGGUGAUGACCCCAAGCAGGGCAUCACGUGGCAUCAGGGAGGACGUAUAUGGUGGAAAAACUCAAGAAACCUAACCAACAGGACAAGGAGAAUGGGAAAAGAUGCAUGUCAAGGAGGGAAAAAAAAAAUAACCAAAGGUUUUGGCAAAUGAAAUGCCAGGCGAAGAAGCAUGGGAUUUCUACCCCUGAUCAUUUGAUUUUCUCCCAGGAAGCCAGGAGCCCUGGCAGGCCAAGAAGGAAGCAUGUGGGAGGCGGGCUGAGGAAGCAGCCCGGCCGCGAAAGUAUUUUUGCACAUGUGAAGAGUUGGGGAGGAGAGAGACACAAACAUAUUUAACACAGAUUUGCUGAAUGGAAGCUGUGUGUGCGUGUGUAUGUGAGUGUACGUAUGAGUGAGUAUGUUUUGACUUUUAAGUUUUGCACAGAUAGAGAAAAAAAUGAACAAGCAGAAAAAAAAAAAGACUGUUAUCAUGGAUCUGCUAAAGCUUUUAUUUUUUACUGGAUUAUUAUUAUUGGUAUUGUUCCUUUGUCGGUACAGAACUUUUUUUUCCAUGUUUUUGUUAUAAGAGAAACUUGGAACACCUCAGAGAAACAUAAAGGUCAGGAAGAAGGGGAGAGAAGACGAGACAAGUUUCCUCACUCUCAUUUCUCCUGAGGGAAGAGUUUGGGCAGAUUUUAUUUUAAUUGGUGGGAUGGGUUGUUGCUGGUGCUUUGUUUGCCCUCAGUCUCUGUGGCCUGCUUGGGGACAGAGGGGACAGAGAAGUAGGACAGAGUCACGCAGAGCCACAGCCCAUCUGGCCCGUAAAAGUUCUUUCCUUUUGCUGUUUGUUUGUUUUUCAUUUCUUUCAUUUGAUGCGCAUGUGAUAGGUUUCGAAGUAAAGACAAGGCAGCAUUGUCAAAAAGCUGCCCUUUCCCCAAAUCUUUCCAAAACUCCUCUUGGAACCUCUGAUCUCUUGGCAGGCCCAGGCGGCAUGGGCACCAGAUGCAGUCCAGGGGUCGGGAGGUCCCCUCGAGGCUUUCCUCUCUGUUGCAGUUCAUUAGCAGGGUCACAGUUCUGUUUAAGGUGGGACCUUUAUAAGACUCCGAGAACUGGGCAGAGAACAGGGGAGGAAAGGACACCCUUCCUUUACCUUUCCCUGCACUCCCUUCUGUACCUUCCGCCCUGGAGACCACCAAGGUCAAAAUGGUACCCGGGAUGAUGCAGUCAAAGAAACUGACCUGGAUUAGGUGGGGGAUUUAAAUUGGAGGGAGAUGGGCUGAAGGCUGGUAGGGUAGGAAGUGGGGGAAGUUUUGUGGGGUCCUGAACAUGAGAGAACGGGUGAAGAGAAGCUGAGAAAGGUAGCUACAGGCCGGCCAUUUCUGGGGGGUGGGGCACAAGUCUACCCAGCUAUGGGCUUUGCCGCUCUGCCUUGCUUGUAAGGAGAGCCCCUGACACUUGUAGCUAACGAGAAACAGUGCCAUUAAGUGAGGUUGGCUGUUGUGUCACUUACUUCCUCAGGAAAAUACUUUUACUUGCCUCCUUCCUUCAGUGUGGUUUUAAAUGGGGAGACCCCCUGAGUGACCCACAGGCCAAGGUACGUUCACACCCCCAGAGUGGCAUGCACAGCCACGGGCAGGCCCGGGAGCCCGCGGGCCAGCCAGUGUGGCCCCAGAUGUUGGCGACAGAGGCGUUUUCAAUGCAUCCCGAAGUCUGAGGCAGACCACCCAGGACUGCGCCCAGGCAGAAGCAGGAGCUCUGACCCAUCCCCUCAGUCCCAGCUCCCACCUCCCACUCUGGGGGUCAUGUCCAUGUCCUGUCCCAUCACUUCCCCAUACCAAGGUCCUUGUGCUCGUGUCCCCCUUGCAUGUCUGGCUUCUGUGUGUGCCUGCCCUUUGUCCCACCUCUUGCCUA